CGCUGAUCCCGGCAACAUGAACUUCGGUUCGGAGCACUACCUGUGCUCCGCCUCCUCCUACCGCAAGGUGUUCGGUGACGGCUCUCGCCUGUCGGCGCGCCUCUCCGGCAGCGGUGGCGCAGCAGGCAGUUUCCGCUCGCAGUCGUUGUCCCGCUGCAAUGUGGCCUCCUCCUCGGGCGCCUGCUCCUCGGCCUCGUCGCUCGGCCUGGGCCUGGCCUACCGCCGGCUGCCACCGUCCGACGGCCUGGACCUGAGUCAGGCGGCGGCGCGAACCAACGAGUACAAGAUCAUCCGCACCAACGAGAAGGAGCAGCUGCAGGGGCUCAACGAUCGCUUCGCCGUGUUCAUCGAGAAGGUGCACCAGCUGGAGACGCAGAACCGUGCACUCGAGGCCGAGCUGGCCGCGCUGCGGCAGCGCCACGCCGAGCCGUCGCGCGUUGGCGAGCUCUUCCAGCGCGAGCUGCGCGAACUGCGCGCGCAGCUGGAGGAGGCGAGCUCGGCGCGCGCGCAGGCCUUGCUGGAGCGCGACGGCCUGGCCGAGGAGGUGCAGCGGCUGCGGGCCCGCUGCGAGGAGGAGAGCCGCGGGCGCGAAGGCGCCGAGCGCGCCCUCAAGGCGCAGCAGCGCGACGUGGACGGCGCCACGCUGGCCCGCCUGGACCUGGAGAAGAAGGUGGAGUCGCUGCUGGACGAGCUGGCCUUCGUGCGUCAGGUGCACGACGAGGAAGUGGCCGAGCUCUUGGCCACGCUGCAGGCGUCGUCACAGGCCGCGGCCGAGGUGGACGUGUCUGUGGCUAAACCCGAUCUGAGCUCAGCGCUGAGGGAGAUCCGCGCCCAGUAUGAGUCCCUGGCCGCUAAGAAUCUACAGUCAGCCGAGGAGUGGUACAAGUCCAAGUUCGCCAACCUGAACGAGCAGGCGGCGCGCAGCACCGAGGCUAUCCGCGCCAGCCGCGAGGAGAUCCACGAGUACCGGCGCCAGCUGCAGGCACGCACCAUCGAGAUCGAGGGCCUGCGCGGGGCCAACGAGUCUUUGGAGAGGCAGAUCCUAGAACUGGAGGAGCGGCACACAGCCGAGGUGGCCGGCUACCAGGAUAGCAUUGGGCAGCUGGAGAAUGAUCUGAGGAACACCAAGAGUGAGAUGGCACGUCACCUUCGGGAAUACCAGGAUUUGCUCAAUGUCAAAAUGGCACUUGACAUUGAGAUAGCAGCUUACAGGAAACUGCUGGAAGGUGAAGAGACACGUUUUAGCACCAGUGGAUUGAGCAUUUCAGGGCUGAAUCCGCUUCCUAAUCCAAGUUAUCUGCCCCCGCCUAGAAUCCUCAGUUCCACAACCUCCAAAGUCUCAUCCUAUGGGCUGUCACUUAAAAAAGAGGAGGAGGAGGAGGCGGAGGCAGCAGCUAAGGCAGCCCCCAAGAAAACCUCCCAGGUAGGAGAAAGUUUUGAAGAAAUCCUGGAGGAGACGGUAACAUCGACUAAGAAAACGGAGAAAUCGAAUAUAGAAGAAAGCACCAUUUCAAGCCAAAAAAUAUAAUGCUGCUUAAAAAAAAAAAAUCAUGCUUAAGAGGGAAUAAUAUACAUUUGACUUGUUAAACAGCCUAUUCCUGAUCGUAACACCUGUCACCACUACAAAAUGUCUUCAAGGCUUCAAUCCCACACUUAGGACAGUAUAUUUCUCUAGUAAGAAAAUCACCUGAUAGGUUGGAGUGAACCGCAGUCCUGGAGCAAUCACAGGAAUGUUAUCUAAGAACACAGCUUUCUCACUUCAAGUUUAGGCUUCACAGCGAUAGAUGACUCAGGUGCACAGGAAGUACAAACUAAGGUGCUAAAUCUGAUCAUCAUCAUUUGCUGUGAACUGUACUAAAGCCUACAUUCACUAACUGUACCCAGCUGUUAUCCCACUCUGUAAUCUUAUUCUAGGGACCUAAAACAUAAGCUCACUGCCAAUGACAAGCCCAUGGUCCACACCCAGUUCCACCAACAGAACUGAGUCACAAUGAUAGGUGUUUGUUUAAUGGAUAUUUUCCAUCCACCCCAGAAUCUGCCCAUCUGCUCUUCCGUCCAUGAAAAUUAACAGUCUCAUGUACUAUUCUUCCCUUUUAAACACAUUUGAGAAGUUCUUCUCCAGAGAACUUAACCCCUUUAGCUCUCUUUGCUCAUGGGUAAAAUUAGACGCAUGUUAUGCUAUGAUUCGUGUAAUGAUCUACCCCUGCCCAUCUCAUGUCCUUCCAAUUGUGUAGGUUAAGAAAAAUGGCAGUGAUGAAUUUUAAGGGUUCCCCAACAAAUAAUGAAAAAGAUCCCUAGAUUUUAGUCUUUCACCUUAAUCUAAAGCCAUUAAUCAGGGGGAAAAAACAAACACCUCACAAGGAUGUAGUGUUUCACCUUGCCUUUAGAAGCAGCACACUAAUUAUCCCAAGCUGUGAUUAAGCUGACCUUAGUUAGUAGUGUAAGCUAGAAGAGGUAUGAGUGUUUCCGUGGACAGUAAAGGCCAGGGUCUCAUCUGUGUCGGUUCCUUCGUGGUGAUGUAGAAUUAGCUUUUUCAUGCCUUCACAGUUAGAACCUACGUUCCCUACCUCUCCACUUCCCCCUACUAGUCUAGGUCCUAAAGAAGCCUAGAUUUCCCUCCUCUAUGCCUUUAAGAGUGCUCUGUGUAAGGUUAUUUUAUCACCAGGACAAAAUGCUACUGCCCAAGAGAAAAAGAACCCACUUCUGGUGAGUCAACACCACCAGCAAAUAUAAAAAAGACAUCUGUUUUCUGAAAGCAUCUUCCCCGACACUGUCGCCAUUGCUGCAUGCUUGACAAGGUCGCCCCUAGCUGCUGGAGGUGAAAAAGCCUGCUCUGCCCCACCCAAAGAGGGGGACAGUGACAGCCUGCCAUGGGCUCAGCUGUGUAGCCUCCGCCUUGCCAGGACUUCCAUAUGUGCCAACUGUGAAACAGGAUUUGUUCCCUCUGUGCCACAUUUCCACCAAGAGCUUUGUGGUGAUAAGGACACGAUGCUUUCAAUGACCUUUCUUCUCCCAGCACACGCUUUCAAUAGUUGAAGAAACUUGAUACUCUUCUACAUUUCCUUUCCCUUAGCCCAUCCCUGUCUUUUUCCCUCACUUACUGUUAAGACAAUUAGUGAAA